AUGCAACACCCAAGACACAAUUGGAAAAAAAAAAAUGUGUUCCCUCUCUCCUCAUUUUAUUGUUUCACUUUUAGGAGUCUUGCAAGUGAAAUGACAACACCUAGAAAUUCAGUGAGUGGAAACUGUCCUGGAGAGCCCAUGAAGGGCCCAAUUGCCAUGCAGCCUGUUCCAAAAGUAGUCUUCAGGAAGACACCUUCAGUGGUGGGCCCCACACAAAGCUUCUUCCUCAGGGAAUCCAAGGCUUUGGGGGCUGUCCAGAUUAUGAAUGGGUUCUUCCACAUUGCCCUCGGGGGCCUUCUGAUGAUCCCUAUUGGGGGAGUCUAUGCACCCAUCUGUGUGGCUGUGUGGUACCCUCUCUGGGGAGGCGUUAUGUAUAUUCUUUCAGGAUCACUCCUGGUGGCAGCAGAGAAAAAUCCCAGGAACAAUUUGGUCAAAGGAAAAGUGAUAAUGAAUUCAUUGAGCCUCUUUGCUGCAAUUUCUGGAAUAAUUCUUUUGAUCAUGGACAUACUUAAUAUUACAAUGUCCCAUUUUUUAAAAAUGGAGAGUCUGAAUCUUAUUAAAGCUUCCACCUCACUUAUUAAUAUAUACAACUGUGAACCAACUAUCCCCUCUGAGAAAAACUCUCCAUCUAUACAAUAUUGUUACAGUGUACAAUCUGUGUUCUUGGGCAUCUUGUCAGUGAUGCUGAUCUUUGCCUUCUUCCAGAAACUUGUGACAGCUGGUAUUGUUGAGAAUGAGUGGAAAAGAAUGUGCUCCAGACCCAAAGCUAAUGUGGUUCUCCUGUCAGCUGAAGAAAAGAAGGAACAAACAGUUGAGAUGAAAGAAGAAGCAGUUGAGCUAACUGAAGUAUCUUCCCAACCAAAGAAUGAAGAAGACAUUGAAAUUAUUCCCAUCCAAGAAGAGGAGGAGGAGGAGCCAGGAGUAAAUUUAGCAGAACCUCCCCAAGAUGAGGAAUCCCCUCCAGUAGAGAAUGACGAUUCUCCUUGAACCGUUUCUUCCGCUUUCUGUUUCUUUUCCUUAAGCAUUAGUGCUCAAGCUUCCAAGAGACAAAGUUACCCCCAUUUCUUGAGGUACUCUGCAUGUAUCCUCAACAUUUCCAACCAGUCUUUGCAUGGAUUGACCACUGCUCCUUCUCUCUCACACUCAGAGAAUGUAGCCAUUGUAGUUGAUUGUAUUGUAAUGUUUCAUGCUUGGAACAACUUUCUUAUAUUGAAAAAAGGAGUAAGUACUGUAGAAUGUGAUCUCUCACUAACCUUUUCAUUGCAUAAACAUUUUAGUAGAGUAGUAGUAGUAUUUUUUUCAUUUCUUCUCUCCUUCUCUCAGGAACAGAGAAACUGGAAAGACAUACAACGGCUGCAUGCUACUCCUAACCUCUUUACUUCCUUCCAUAUCUAUGUGUUUGGUUGAAUACCUUUUGCACCAUUGUUUUAAAGAAAGUAAAAAGUAAUAAUAAUGAGAAGCAGUAAGGACCCUAAUCCAUACAUCUUUCUAUAGAGCUGACAUUGACAUAUUCUUAGAGAUUCCACAUCUCAUUAGAGAAGCUUUAAGCGGCCAUACCCAGCCCUUUAUGUGUGCCAACAGCAUAACUUAGACAUGUCUUUCUGAACCCAUGCUCUAGGUUUAUGACUGCAUUGUCUACUUGUAGUUUUGAGGCAGAAGAAUGACUUUAAAAGGUCAUAAUGAGCACCCAACUCUCAAAUAAUCAUCAACACUUAUAUUUACAGAAUGGUUUCCAGAUGUUAAAGUAUUUUAUCAAAUAAUCUCAUUUGAUCUUUCCCAAUCAAGAAAGAUUAUUGUCUCUAUUUUACAAGUGAAUCAAAGAAGUAAAGUAACUGGUAAACAAGAAAAGGUAACUUGUCAACAGUCAUGUUUAGGAAUUGUGAGGAUUGUAUCAUACCAAGGUCAUCUUCUUCAAGUCCUGUGAUGUCUGAAAUAAUCAAUUAUCUACCCAAUGUCUACAUAACCUACUAAAUCCUAGUUAGCAGGUUUUUUUAAGAACACAAUUUCUGAUCAGCACUAAACAGGUAUUGAGAAAAACAGAGUCAGAAAUCAGUUUAUCUUUUGGGGAUAAAAAUGAUAAAUAUUCACAAUAUUUGGAAAACUAAACUAUCAAUUAGCUGGUAGAUUGUAUAAUGAAGAUACUAAAUACUAUAGAUAUUCUCAGAAGGAAGGUCAUGUUUGGUAAUUAACAUAAUCUAAGGCCAUAGCUAUCCUGUUUUUUGAUUCCUGUUCAUAUUACCUUACCUACAAAGAGUGUUAACCUAGGAAUACAUUACUAUAAACUACCAACCAUCUUUGAGCACCUGCUACAAGUGCUAUAAGACUGUGGCAGGUAAAGAGACAAUGUAAUACCUGCUUUGACAGGGAUGCUCAGUGGAAGAUAUUCCCCAUAAUUAGAAAGAAGAGAAUGAUUCCUCAUAAUUGGGAAAACAACAGUUUUAUGUCUGUGUAAAGUUCUAAAAAUCAGCUCUAAACAAAUAAAAAAAGGGAGUUCUUCUGUGCAACAGAUGACUUCAACAUUAGUGUUUUCACAUUCUUUAGUCUUACAAUAUCAGACCACGGGAGGGUCCUCUAGCCUUGAGUUCAUAUUCAUAAAAUCCUGAUCUGGAUCUGAGCUAUGAGAUGUCAGGUCACUGAAUAUUUUUGUCAUGUGUUCUUGUAUAUUCUCAAGGAAGAUUUUCGAGGAGUAGGCCAUUGACAACAUAUUUCUCACUCACAGGACUCCAGAAUAUGACUGAAGUAGAUAGCAGGUGUUCCUGCUUAGAAGUAGAAAUGAAGGAAAGAUGAUGACAAUGGGAAAAAUUUUUUUUUCAAGGGAAAAAAUCAGAAACCCUUAAAAACACAAGAUUGUAUUCCUAAUUUUCUCCAUUUCUAAAAUGGAAAAAAAUGCAUAUGCAAAUCGAUGGCUUCUUUUAUUUCAUUCAUUUCUACUAUCUCAAUUAGUUUUUACUGACACCCCAUAACUCCUUUUGAGAUAGCUGGAAUAGCCACUAUUAAAGAAGGAAGGGGCUGGCAUUAUGGUGCAGUAUAUUUAGCCACUGUUUAUAACACCAGCAUCCCAUAUUAGAAUGCUGGUUCAAGUCCAAGUCCUGGCUGCUCCUCUUCCAAUCCAGGUCCCUAGGAAGGCAGCAGAGGAGAGGCACCCCUGUGGGAGACCAGGAUGUAGUUUCUGGCUUCUGGCUUUCCCCAGACCCAGCCCUAGACAUUGUUGCUAUCUGGAGCAUAAACCAGCAAAUGGAAGAAAUAGCUUGCCCCCCCACCCCUUCUUCUCCUCUUCCUCCACGCUCUGCCUUUCACAUGAAUAAAUAAGUCCUUAAAGAAAGAAGGAAAUUCUUGCUAUAUACUCUCCCCUAAUUAUCCCUUUGGCAAUAUACAAAUAACAUUGGCAAUAGCAAACAUGUUUUGUCCUGAAGUGGCAGAUAUAUUCUUUAGUCUCAAGUUCAUUUUUCCUCUUAAUUUUUAUAUAUUAUAAAAACAAAUUUAUAGCCAUAAAGGAAAUAAACUUUAAAAAGUCAAUUGUACUCAUUGGGAGGUUAACAUAACUUCUCAUUUUUCCUGAUUUUUAAAAUAAUCCUCAUUCAUGUAGGAUGACUGGCUAUCUUAAUUUGGUCUGUUCUGAGGAACUUCCUGGGAUAUAGAAUUUUUAGUGUUAAAACCAAGAUAGUCACAGAAUAUUCAGAGCAAAGCAUAACUUCAGCCAGUUAAAAUCAUUGUACAAUGUAAUCUUUUUGUAAGUAACAAUAUAUCAUGCCUUUUUCCCUAUUGAUAAUUUUCAUAAACAAAAUUUUAUCUGCAA